AAUAAUACAUAUAGGCAGUAAAACGAAAUGCAUUCCUUUGAUGUUUAGAAAAAUGAAUCUUUGGAGAAAUAAUAAGGGUAAACAGAGACGGAAGCAAUGGUUCUUAGACAAUGGAAGCAUUUUUCUCAAAGAGCUCAUCGCUGGCUGCAACGGUCAAACCAAUCCUAUCCGCAGCUUUUCCUCUGACCAGAUCCUCAAGGCCACAAAUCAUUUCGACCCGAGCCUUUAUGUCACUGAAGACCUAUACUAUACAUGUUUCAAAGGUACUAUUGAAGAUAGAUCUUACAUUAUCAAGAGAUUUCCUGAGGAAAAAGUUAGAGGAGAUGGAGAUGGAGUUAGAGCUGUUUAUAAUGAUAUUGUCAUAUCUGCUCGUGUUACCAAUCACACUAACUUCCUCAAGCUAUUGGGAUGUUGUCUUGAGUUCCCUUUCCCGGUUCUUGUGUUUGAAAACGCGGUGAAUGGAGCGUUAGGCCACCAAGGAGGCAUUGGUUCUAAGGAUAGAACGUUCUUGCCUUGGGAUAUAAGACUCAAGAUCGCAAAGGAGAUUGCUAAUGCUGUGACUUAUCUUCACACGGCAUUCCCUAGGAUCAUUGUUCAUAGAAACAUAACUCCUAUGAGUGUUUUCUUAGAUGAGAACUGGACAGCUAAGUUGUCUGAUUUUUCGCUUUCUUUAACGCUUCCGGAAGGAAAAUCACAGAUGGAGGAUUUGGUGAUGGGAUGGCCAGGAUACUUAGAUCCUUCUUAUUUCCAUACGAGUAUAGUGACAGAAUAUGCUGAUGUGUAUAGCUUUGGAAUUUUUAUGAUGGUUCUUCUGAUUGGUAGACCGGGUAAGGUGCCUCGAUCUGAUGUUCGUUUCAUCGAUAUCCAUAGGUAUGUGAGAGUUUUGCAGGAAAAUGGUGAGUUCAUUGAGACCAUAUAUCAAGUUGGGGUCAGAGACAUUACAGUUUCUGAAAGAAUGAAGGUGGAUGCGUUCGUUGAGCUAGCGUUCAAAUGCUGCGAGAGAAGUAUCGAGAACAGACCAAAGAUGAUCAAGGUAGCCAAGGAGCUUAAGCGGAUAGAGCGGUCAAUUGUUUCUACAGCAUCUAUUGGUUUGGUCUAAAGAUUAUGAUCAUACUAAGAAAUUAAACAUGAAUAUAUAAACAUAUAUCUGUUGUUGUUUUUGAUUUCUUCAACAUAUAUGUAGGUUCUUGGAAGGACAUGCAAUAAAGUGUUUGGAGAAUCUUUAGGCUGAUAGACUUAGACAUCUCAUAAGACCAUCAACAGACAAAUGGUCUUCUUGUUUUAUGAGUCUAUAAAUGUCAAAUAUGCGAGAUACUUGGUAAGCAACUUCUCAUUGGAUUGGAUUAGCAUCAUCACUGCUCUUCAAGUAGUAAACUCUCAUUAUUCAUAUUUGAAACUGCGACUCCACACUUUUUUCUUCACCAAACUAUUUUACUGUAAACAAAAUCAUCAAGAGGAGAGCGAUUUUCCGGGAAAAUUGUGACAUAUAUAGAUCAAAACUAUAAAUGUAUGGGCUACAUCUUCUUCACCAAAUAUAUAUACUAAUUCAAUGAUCUAAACUUGUUUUCUUUCAUUUUUUACAAUGCUAAGCGACAUGAUCUCAUCAUUUAAAAGAAGGUUUAAAGAAAUAGAAGUAAAGAAGAAAAAAAAA